AUGGUGUUCAAUAACAGUGCUGGAGACUCUUCACAUUUUGAUCACAAUGGAGAAUUAGUAGCUGGUUUUGAUGUUAUAAACUGGGUCACUUUCCCCAAUAACUCAUUUGUUAAAGUAAAAAUUGGAAGACUCGACCCUCGAGCUCCACAAGGAAAAGAGUUAACUCUUAAAAACAAUGUAAUUGUUUGGCCUAAACACUUUAACCAGGUCCCACCACUUUCUUUGUGUAAUGACAACUGUAAUCCUGGUUACUACAGGAAACAAAAAGAAAUAAAAUUCUGCUGCUAUGACUGUGUUCCGUGUCCAGAAGGGAUGAUUUCUGAGCAAAAAGACAUGGAUGCUUGCAUCAAUUGUCCAGAAGUUCAAUAUCCCAAGAAAGGCAAAAACCAGUGCAUUCCAAAGGUCAUAACCUACCUUUCUUACAGUGAACCAUUAGGUAUUACAGUAGCUUUAUUUGAUAUUUCUUUAGCUCUAACUACAGUUUUGGUGCUUGGAACAUUUGUAAAGCAUCAAGAAACUCCCUUAGUCAAAGCCAACAACUUGAGCCUCACUUACAUUCUCCUCAUCUCUCUCCUUCUGUGCUUCUUCUGCUGUUUACUCUUCAUUGGGCGGCCUGUAAAAAUGUCUUGCAUUCUCCGACAAGUUACUUUUGGCACGGUCUUCUCUGUGGCACUCUCCAGUGUGUUGGCCAAAACCAUCACUGUGGUAUCUGCAUUCAUGGCUACAAAACCAGGAUCCAAGGUGAAGAAACUGAUAGGGAAAAAAAUGGCAAAUUCUAUUGUCCUUUCCUCUUCCUUCAUUCAAGUUGGCAUAUGUACUUUUUGGCUAACAACUUCUCCUCCAUUCCCAGACAUCGACAUGCACUCGUUCAAUGAUCAGAUCAUAGUGGAAUGUAACGAGGGUUCAGCUACCUUUUUUUACUGUCUCUUGGGCUAUAUGGGCCUCCUCGCAAUUAGUAGCUUCACUGUGGCUUUCUUCGCUAGGAAGUUGCCAGAUAGUUUCAAUGAGGCCAAACUUAUUACUUUCAGCAUGUUGGCCUUUUGCAUUGUUUGGUUAUCUUUCAUUCCUACCUAUCUGAGCACCAAAGGGAAAUCCAUGGUGGUUGUAGAGAUUUUUGCUAUCUUAGCCUCUGCUGCUGGCUUACUGGGUUGUAUUUUUUUCCCCAAGUGCUACAUCAUAGUGCUGAAGCCUGAGCUGAACAACAAAGAACAUGUAAUGGGAAAAACUCAGAAUACAUGGCAGUUGGAGUCCUGUCGCACCUUUGAGAUCAACAAAGUUUUAUUUCCCACCCCCCACUAA